AUGCAGCCAGCCUGGCACCAUGAAGGCAAUCCGCCACGCGGUGAACGGCGUGGCCCCGGCAACCUUGAUCAUAUGAAAAAGGAACGGCAUGAUGAGCUGUGUGAGCCCGCCCCCCAUGUCCCCCCACCCUGCAGCCACCGCAUUGACGGUCCCUAUAAUAGGCCCUGCGAACAUGACGCUGGUCCAGUAGCUGCACGACACAAACGUGGCCAGGGACACCCCGAUCAUGAACCGGACGGCCACGUAGCCGCCCGCGUCCGUGACCAGCGCCACGGAGAACACGACGGGGGCCACGAGGAGCGCGGGCCCACGAGGUCGCACGCGAAGCCCAUGACGAGGCGCGAGAAGAUGCUGCCCGAGACUGAGGCCACGCCGGCGGCCCCGACGUCCGAGCGGGAGAGGCCGAGGUUGUCGCGGAUGAUGGGGACGAGAGGGGCCGCGGCGAACGUGGAGACGAGGCAGGUGCAGAAGGAGAGCCACGCCAGGUGGAAGGAACGCAUGUGGGGGCCCGCGAAGGAGAAGAUCCUCAGGGUCUUGGCGCGGUGCUCCGAGUCUACUGGGAGAUCGAACUUGGGCUCUUCCGGGAUGGCGGAGAUCUCGAGGGCGUCCGCCAUUUUGUGGAUUUCUCUUAUGUGUUGGGGAGAAAUUAAUUCAGGUGUUGUGGCUGCUGCUAUACCCAAUAGAAGGGGCGGAUAUGGAUCUCGGGAAGGACCCAGAUCUGGUAUAGUGGCCACUGACGGUCGCUGCUCAGCUGAGGGGAUCCCUGUGAUGCUGUUUUCGAGAGGCGAGAUUGGGAUGACCGGCGAGGGCGUGUCCAAAAGCACAGUGACGGCGCCGGCGCCGUCGUUGAGGAGGAGGAGAUCGAAGGGAAGAUUGCUCCAAUUGUGUGGGCUGAAUUCGCAGCAACGGGGUUGCAGAGGAAUCGGGAUCGGGGCCAUGAACUGGGACCGGAUAAGAGGGAGGUCAGGCAGCUCGCCGCCAGAGGCGGCGGCGGUGGCGGCCCGCCGGCGAACAGCUAUGAGUCAGAAAUUUGGACUGAGAAAUGGUGGGGAAAUGGGGAAGAUGGGUUUUUAG